AUGGUCGGCGUCCCAAGCAGUCGAGGCUGCAAUGCUUGUCGAAAAGCCAAGAAAAAGUGUGACUUGGCGCAACCCAAAUGUGGACGCUGUGCAAGAGUAGGCAAUAUCUGCGCGGGCGGCGGAACUAGGCGCUUCAAAUUUCAACAGUAUGAACCUAACUCACAAGUUACCGCAACUCCAUCAAAAGGUCUAGAUAACGAGACGACCAAGCUGGCGGCAGAGUUUGUGUCUCUUAUGGAGAUCGACGAUGUGCGGUACGGCCUAGGAAAAUACGGACCAUACUUCUUCAUAGAAUUGCCGAGUCGUUUAGGCUCACAUCCAGCGAUGGAUGCUACUACUUCUGCUCUGACUACAUCUUUCAAAAGUAUUCGUCUCCGAAAAACCUGUGAUCUAAAUGUCCUCUCCUUGUAUGGAAAGGCUCUGAGGACUUUGCAGGACUGCCUGAGUGACCCUGAGCAGCCGGUUGUGCUGAAGCUGGAACUAGUCUUGAUGACGAUGCUUUGUCAGGUAUGGAUCGACAACAAACACUCAAAUAAACAUCGAGGUGUCAUAGUCCACCUAUUGAAAGAGGCAGUCUUUCAGGGCCAAACUCUUCACCUCGGUGACAUUCGCGCCUGGUGUUUGCAAGCGAUAUAUGCGGCCCUGUGUGUCCCCCAAGUCGAACUUGGCUCGUGGUUUUGGGAUGUAGCCAUUCGGGAUGUUAUCACUACCAGGCCUUACCACUACGAGCAAAACCUAUACUGCUUCGAACUUGGCGCUAUAGCAGAUCUGCCAGUAUUUCUUCGCGAUCCAGAGAGAUACCUCUAUCAGUUGAAAUGCUACUUCAAUAUUCUCUCACAGGAGCGGCCAAUGAUGCGCGAACUGCACGAAAUGUCAAUGUCGAGAGCCUUGUCUCCAGACGCAACUAUGGACCACAAGGAAAAGGCUGUAGAGAACGCAGCGGGACAUGCUGCACUGCUUCUUCAAUCUGGGCUCAUCGCACCGACACUCAAACAGUUUGGGGUUCUUUCAAACCAUACUGAAGCUUCUCAUGAGAUUUGUGACGAAAGUAUACUAAUGGCCCAUCAUUGCCAGCCAUUUCGACCUUGCGGCGCGUCAUAUCUACCGGAACUUUUGAAGGUGGUCUGGGCUGCUCAAGACGAUGGGUAUCGGCAUGACGAGCUUGAGGCUUUAAUGGGCACAUAUGCCGAAGAUUUGCUAGGUGCAGAUUAUAUUGGAGAGGCAAAAGCGAUGAGAAAGCGAUUGGACAGCCUGGGGUGGAGUGACAAGCAGCAGCCUCUGUCUGAGAAGAAUGAGCGCCUAGAGACACCACCUUGCGUGAUACUUUGA